AUGUGGAAUAUUAUAGAAAAAGAUCAGUUACCUGAGAGCAUAGUAACAGGACCUAGAAAUUUAGGCUCUACAUACUACUACGAAGACCAAAUUUGUGUGUUUAGACUAUGGGGUGAGCAUAUAAAAAAGUGUUGGGUUUCUAAUGACAUUGGUAAAUUAUAUGAAAUGGAGCCUGAUUUAGAGAAGAAUAUAUAUGUUGUUUUUAUUACUGGCGUAAAAGAAGGAGAAAGUUACCACUAUAUUAUAGAAUCCACAAAUGGUGAGCAAGUACAUAGAAGAGAUCCAUAUGCAAGAUUUGCAGAUUAUAAUAGUGAUAAGUGUUUUAUAAUAAAUAGUACGAAAUAUAGAGAAGAUAUCGCUAAAAAUAGAAAUUAUAACUUUGAUAAGAGCUCAUUAAUAAUCUAUGAACUACAUGUAGAAAGUUUUAUUGCAAGAUAUUCUGAAGAUAUGAAAGACAAAGAAAUAACUAACAAAAGUUACUUUCAUCAAAUCGCAGAUUAUGGAUUACCCUAUAUAUCUCAAUUGGGAUUCAACUGUAUAGAAUUAAUGCCAAUAAUGGAAUACUGUGGUGAAUGGGGAUACAAUCCGCGAUUACUGAUGUGCAUACACAGCAUGCUUGGAUCAAUUGAUGAUUUCUGUUAUUUAGUAGAAAAAUGUCAUAAAAAUAAUGUCACAAUAAUAAUUGAUAUAGUAUUGCAUCAUGGUGCCUCAAAAAUGAAUUCACUUUGGAAUUACGAUGGUUACUCCCAUAAAGGUGGGAUAUACUUUGAAAAUGGAGGUGAUACUGGAUGGGGUGCAAAGUUUUCUUUUAAUAAAAAGGAGGUCAGAGAUAUGCUAUAUGAAGCAUGUAAUGUGUUGCUAGGAGAAUAUGGUGUUGAUGGUUUGCGAUUUGAUAGUGUACACAACCUUCCAUAUAAUAUACUUAAAGAACUUAUCAGUAAGUUACGACAAAAAUAUCCAUAUGCAUAUUUAAUUGCAGAAGUAGUUCCUGAGAAUCCCCAAUAUGUGCACAAUUGUGGGUUUGAUUCAUGUUGGAUACAUUCUUCAUACUAUGAUAUACUAGAUUUAAAACGAGGUUUUAAGACUCAGCAAGAGUGGAACAAAGGGCUUUGUAAAUCUAUCAUACAAGGACAUAGUAGUUUCAAUAAAUCUUCUCAAAGUAUUUUAACCAUGCUUGGCAAUCAUGAUCAAAUAGGUAAUAGAGUAAAUGGACAUAUCCCACAUGGGGAUGAUAGAAUUGGGAGAUAUCUAAUUGAUCAAUUUGGGGGGAGACUGAAUUGGGAUGCUAGAGCGUAUUGUAGGAUGUUAUACUCUAUACAAUGUAUUUCAUUUGGAAUACCAAUGAUAUUUAUGGGUACUGAAAAUAAUCAAUGCGAAUGGUGGGCACCCAAAGAAAAAAAUCACUGUUUUAACUGGUCAGUUAUAAAAUUACAAGAUCAAAUAUCUAAGGAAAUGAGAGAUAUGAUUCAAUCAAUUAAUAAAAUUAAAAUUGAUAUGAAAGACAUAUUUUGUUCAGAAACUCAUAAUUUUCUCGAUUUCAAGGUUAAUCCUAGUUUCUUGGUAACAUCAUUCGUUAGAUAUGGAAAUAAACGAGCAUGUUUAUGUAUAAUAAACAUGGAUAGUAAGGAGUGGCUAAAUAAAGAAUAUGUUAUCAAAAUCUCCAAACAAAAUACUGCUAAUUUUUAUGGAGAUAAAUUAAUGCAAAUAUACAAUUCCCAGGAUUCAAGAUUUGGUGGAUGGGAUACUAGUUAUACACAACCUAUCAAUACAAUUAUAUAUUGCAAUAACAGUCACUCAGAAUCUACAAUUGAAUUUCUACUUAAUAUUCCAAAAUAUUCUGUCACAAUAUAUGAACUUAUUAAAUAA